UUUAUUUCAUGUGAUGCAUUUAGUCUUUCAGUAUAACAGAGAUUAUAUUUCUCAAUACUGUCCUGCCAGAACAACACACAAAUGCAAAUUGUUUGUUCAUGUGUUUCAUAGAAAACAAUGUGUGCUAUUUCAAAUAACAAAUUUUAUCUCGUGUCAAUAUGGUGGGUAGGUGGUUAGGUACACAACAUCGCGCACCACCACCAACAUCACCACCACUCCAGAUUCACAAACUGUCAAUCUAAGUGGCUAAACGUUUGCGAAAAUUCAAAGUCUUCUCAUCAGUAGUUUGUAUGGAUAAUUGAGCUUGAAGUUUCUGCUACAUAUAUAUUAAUGGUGUGAACAUACAGACAAAUUGCUGGUAAGAUCUCUCGAUAACUAUCGAAUUAAAACGGGCAAAUGAUUAGUAGUUGACAGAAAACCAAGGCGUAAAUUAAAUCUAUGUCUUAGAAUUCAAUGUUUCAUCGAGAUGUUGUUCGAGAAAUAAACGCAUCGGAAUGCAUGAAUAUUUUGACGAGAUCAAAAUCACGAAUGCUUGACUAACCAAUCAGACAUGAGACACGUUAAAAUAAGCAUGCAGACCAGUGAUCAAAUAGAGAUACCAGACACAGGCAGGCAGACACAAGCAAGCACACACAACUAAGCAAACACAACUGACAUGCCACACCACACACCAACAAGCAUUACCUGACUGUCUACUAAAUCAUCAUCAACUAGCCAACAACAGUCAACCAAUAGUAAUCGAGUGCAUAGGAUAUACGGUUGGUGGUAGAAAAUUCUCAACAUGUCGCCUGUCUGUCUCACUCUCGUUCAAAGUCUUAUUUUUCUUCAAUUCACAACCACAAAACAGAUUGCUUGAUUAUGAUCAAUACACCUCGAAAGUCAGCUUGUGCAUCAAAACCACCACCAAAACCGUCGAAACAGAUCACAGUCAAACGAUACACAACUGAGGAGGCGAGUGAGUUAGCCGAAUUGGUAGUGAGAUAUCGGGAUGUUUGGAGAGACAAGAGCCAUCCAUCCGCACUUCUUCAGAAACAUUUGUGGAUGCAAUUCGCACAUUAUCUACAGUCGAAGGGAUGGCCGAGAAGAAACUGGACUCAUCUGCGUCGGAAGGGCCUGUACAUGUUGAGGAAACUCAAUAACAUGACAAUCAGUCAUUGGGAGGUGUCGAAAAGCAAUCCCAACACCCCUGAAAAUCCCUCGAACCACACGCCACUCUCCAGUUCCGAUGCAAAUCGACACGUGAACGUGAACGGACAAAGUGAUUCGGUGACCGAGAACCAGUUGAGUGUGCAUCGACCCAACUUGCCUACACUCACCCCCUCACCUGUGGUAACCAUCACCUCCAAUCUUCCCACAUCGACACUCAGUCCUCCUACAAACCACGUGCAACCGAAUCCCCCACACACAACCGGUCCAAAAAUCCUGAACGCAUUCUCAACAGCUCAUAUGUCCCAACAACUGACGAUUGCACAUGAUGCUGAAGUGCUGCAGCCAACCAACAACAACAACAACAACAACACGGUUGGUGAGGUGGCGAUUAACCGAGUCGCGUUACUGACUCCUCUCCAAUUUGUCUCGUUCGGAGUCGCGAAAACCCACACUGCAGACGUAUCUCCUGUUCGAGAAGUGAAUAUCUCGAACUCACCAUCCAACCAACCGAGUCGCAUUCCUCUGACUGCAACAAUUGAUUUAUCAACGUCGAGUGAGGACGAGGAGAUCUGUCCAGAGUUGAGUGGAACGCGAUAUCAGACGAACACGAAUCACGCGAAUGACUUGGGUGAAAAGUCCAAGGAUUGUAUCACAUCCGAAUGUGACAGAACCCCAUUGUCAGAGAUGUUGAUUCACAAGCAAAUGAAAUGCCUAGAUCUGAAGAUUGAAAUUCUCCAGAUGAAGAAGCAAUAUUGGUCGGACAAACUGAAAUUAUCAUCGAAAAGCUGAAUGUUUGGUGAAAGCCAAUCUAUACAUGAACUACCACUGUGAUUGUCAUCAAUUCUAUUCGCAUAUGAAUAGUAGACAUUUGUAAAUUCGAUUUAUACACAUGUAUGUAUACGUAUUCUGACUGACGAAGAUUGUUCUUCCUUUUCAUCAUUAUUGUCUAUUUGUAUGGUGCGUGUAUGUGUGUGUGCGUGUGAAGUUGUUUGCCAGUCAGUUCUUUUGUUUUGAAUCCAUUUGAAGUGGACUUUUGUUCAAUACUGCUCUGUUUCAAAUGUUGAGCACUGUAAUGACUACUGUGUUGCAUACUGUACAUAAUUAAAUUUCAAUGUUGGUUUUGUAAAAAUCUUAUUUUGUCUUUGAAUUUAUGGACGUCAUCGACAAUUGGUUGUGUGGAUGACGGAUGAUACUUGACUUAGAAUACACAUGUGUUAGACCUUUGUCAAUUUUAUUUAUUAUCAUGAUGAAUUGGUUUGAUUGAUAUUUAUUCUAGUGAUUUCUCUGUAAUUAACUGCUUGAUAUUUCAUUCAUGAUACAUAUUCGAUAUAUGAGUACAGUUGAUGUCAACUUCCAAUACUUGAUGACCACAUGUGACGGAGAUUGGAGAGAAUAAAUGGUCCCAUUCGAAUGAUGAUGAUGAUGAUGAUGAUGAUGAUG